AUGCUUUCACUUCACGACACUCAAUUCGUAUCAUCAGAUUACGUGAAAAAGAUAAACAAAGCUUCAUCAUCGUUAAACAUAAAAACGCAUCAUUCAAGCUCGCAUCCAAGCUCUCAGUUGGGCCUUAAAUACACAUCACAUAAACAUUCCAUCAGACAUGAUGCUGUCGAGAUUUCACGCUUUGGUUUUAUGAAGACGAGAUUUUUAUUUUUAUUCCUUUUUUGUUUGUUUUUUUGUUGCCAUUAUGCAGUUGAAUGCGGUGGUGUUAGCUAUUCUGCUCGUUCAUUGCUAACAGCACAAUUGAGCAAUAUUGUCGUUUAUGAUCAAAGACAUACUGAUUGCUUAUCUACUUCGUGA